AUGCAAGCGCUGCAAGCGCAACAGUAUCAACGGGCGGUUCGCAGUGCCGAACGACGCGGCGAGCCCGAGCCCCCCAAGCCGCCACCUCGGUUUUAUCCCCGCGAUGGCGGACAUUGUCCUUUGCGCCCGCUGACUCGCGCUCACUGGUUUCUCGAGGAGCUUAGCUGUCACAAAAUAAAGCGGCGGCAUCUGCCUGCCUGUGAAGAGCGCCCCAAAUCAUCUGUCACAGCUACAGAGCUUAUACCUUGUUUAUGUGACUGGGAACCUACAGCUAGGCGAUUCAUGACCGGGCAAACUCCUCGGAUUGAGCGAGUGAGUGGGGUUCCGCCUGACCCUCCCCAGCGCCACACGGAUGCCUGCGUCUGUGAGCUCAUCCCUCUGAUCAAGCACAAUGUCAUCAAGGACGAGGGCAUCACCACGCGACCCGUGCUCUCUCGUCUGCGCUUUGCACACCAAAUCCGAGCCCAACGCUUGCUGCAGGGACGCAAUCGUUACCGCCGCGCCUUGCAGGCUGCCCAAGCACUCAACGCAGCCAAGAGCCAUGCGAGGAUCAAGCCACCCUGCCCCACCCGUCUAGAAGUGCAUCCCCCAUGGCCCCUGUUUCAGAGCCCUCUAAAACUGAAUCGCACCGGCAACGUCCAUUGUUACGCCGGAGCCGGCAAAGUUUCCAUGGAUCGAGCGCAUACCUGCGAGAUACAGGCCGACGGUCUUGAGAGUCCCGAUACCGACACCAGUCUAACUUUGACUACUGCUACACGCCAGCGUCGCCUACCAGCGCCUCUGCGUCUUAUUGCUCAAGUGGAGGCCUUGACUGCGCGAGCUGAUUUGACCUUUGGUGCCGACCAUUCGUUCUUUUGGCGCUCUUCGCGGCCCCUGUUCAUCAACUUUGCCCGAGAGGACGACCACAUGCUUGUGCAGCCUGACAGCGAGCACGAUGACAUCAAGAUGAUGGAAGCCUUUCCCACCCCUGCCCCUUACUCGCACAUUACUUGUAUGAAUAAGCCUUUUUUCACGGCGCGUGCCGGGCUUCUGCAGUCCUCACACAUGGCCACGAACGACUUUGAGCUUGAAAUGCCUCAGGCGUUGUUGCGCGAGGCGCACAUGGGACGAGAGGAGUUGGGCCAAAUACAAGAUAUGGCUCAAGGCGAGCGGCUAAUUGCGGGACUAUGGAAUGACUUUGUUGAGAGACAGAAUGCACGUGGUGAUUUGGACGUUGGCCCCAUGUUGGUUCGCUUUCUGGCCCAGCACAAUGACUUGUUUUGUCAAGCCGGGCUUCGCGUGGCGGCCAAGCUGCACACAGCGUUGGUUGUACGGGCCGUGCCCGGCAUUCUUGAUCAGUGCCAGCCUGACUUGACCGCUGCGUUGGCUCAACUAUCAUGA